AGAUCGGAGGCAGAGGGAUGCAGAAAGGGAGACAGCUCGUCCGACUGUGGAUCCCCUCGCCUGGAGCUGAGAAGGAAAGCGAGAAGGGAGGAGCUUGAAGCCUCUGAGAUACAGCAAGAUACCCAAUGCAGUAAAAGCUCUCGACGCGAGCGGAAGCCGGCGGCACACAAUGCAGCACUGAGGCGGUGGCGAGGAGGCGCCUCUCCCGCUCGCAGCAGCAGCAGCAGCAGCAGCAGCAGCACCAGCCUGGCCGUAGGAGCUCCCUUCCUUUCCCUUCUCGCUUGUGAUCCUCGCUUCUCGCGGGCAGCUCACCUUCCUCCUCCCGCCACUUCUCCCAAGAGCCAGCCAUGCACAUCGCGGCUUCUCUGCUCGCCUUGAUGCUCUGGACCGUCGGAAUGCUCUCGAAAGCUCGCUGCGGCCGCGCAGGAGACACCUUGUUGACUGAGAUGGAGAGAAAGGCUGCGGAUCGCUUCAGGGAAAGGCAGAAGAGCGUCCCUUUUCGGCUCCUCUAUAGUGCCAGUGAAGGCAACGAAACUCCUCAUGACCUGCUCGACACUCGCAUCGGCCGUAGCUCUGUUGGGAAGCAGUCAACUCAUAUUGCUCGAGCCAGCUUCCAGGUUGAUGCUUUUGGAUCUUCUUUCAUCCUGGAUAUAGAAUUAAAUCAUGAUCUACUGUCUUCAGAAUAUCUUGAGAGGCAUAUUGACCCCAAUGGAAAGACGGUGGAAGUUAAAGGAGGAGAGCACUGUUAUUAUCAAGGUCACAUCAGAGGGAAUCCAGAUUCAUUUGUUGCUCUGUCCACCUGCCAUGGACUUCAUGGAAUGUUCUAUGAUGGAAAUCACACAUAUCUUAUUGAGCCAGAAGAAAAUUGUACAUCUCAAGAGGAAUUCCAUUUACACUCAGUAUACAAAUCCAGAUUAUUUGAAUUUCCUUUGGAUUAUCUUCCAUCUGAAUUCUGGCACAUGAAUACUACAUCACAGAAAUUUGGUGUGAAAUCAAGCUAUAAAAGAAGAAAAAGGCAGGUCCAACUGAAUUUGCCUAGAGUUGAAGAUGAAACGAAAUAUGUUGAGCUAAUGAUUGUAAACGAUCAUCUAAUGCUGAAAAAACAUCGAUUAUCAGUUGGUCACACAAACAGCUUUGCAAAAUCGGUAGUGAAUAUGGCAGAUUUAAUUUAUAAAGAACAACUGAACACCAGAAUAGUCUUGGUUGCCAUGGAAACCUGGGGUACUGAUAACAAGUUCACCAUAUCUGAAAACCCACUGGUAACUCUACGUGAAUUUAUGAAAUAUAGGAGAGAUUUUAUCAAAGAGAAAAGUGAUGCAGUUCAUCUUUUUUCGGGAAGCCAGUUUCUCAGUAGCCGUAGCGGGGCAGCCUUUAUUGGUGGCAUUUGUUCACUGCUGAAAGGUGGUGGUGUAAAUGAAUUUGGAAAGCCAGAUUUAAUGGCUGUUACAUUGGCACAGUCCUUGGCGCACAAUCUUGGGAUCUUCUCAGACAAAAGAAGGUUGCAAAGUGGUGAAUGUAAAUGUGAGGAUACAUGGUCCGGGUGUAUAAUGGGAGAUACAGGUUAUUAUCUUCCAACCAAGUUCUCCAAAUGUGAUAUUGAGGAAUACCAUGAAUUUUUAAAUAAUGGUGGUGGAGCAUGCCUUUUCAACAAGCCUUCCAAGCUCCUGGAUCCCCCAGAAUGUGGUAAUGGUUUUGUUGAAACUGGGGAAGAAUGUGAUUGUGGCGCUCAAUCGGAAUGUCAUGUUGAAGGUGAAGAUUGCUGCAGUUCCUGCACUCUAACUGCUAACUCUCAAUGCAGUAAUGGACUUUGUUGUAGAAAAUGUCAGUUUGAACUUAAAGGUGUGGUUUGCAGAGAAGCUGUAAAUGAUUGUGACAUUCCAGAGACAUGCAAAGGGGACUCCAGUCAGUGCUCCCCAAAUCUCUACAAAAUAGAUGGGUAUUCAUGUGAUAAUGAACAGGGCAUUUGUUUUGGAGGAAGAUGCAAAACCAGAGACAGACAGUGUAAAUACAUAUGGGGAGAUAAAGUGACAUCUGCUGAUAAAUAUUGCUAUGAAAGAUUAAAUAUAGAAGGAACAGAGAAAGGUAGCUGUGGCAGAGACAAAGAUACUUGGAUUCAGUGCAAGAAUGAAGAUGUUCUUUGUGGAUAUCUACUGUGUUCUAACAUUGUCUCUAAUAUUCCAAGACUUGGAGAGCUUGAUGGUGAAAUCACAUCUAUUUCUCUUCAAAAUUUGGGAAAAACUUUCAAUUGCAGUGGUGGUCAUGUGAAGUUGGAGGAAGAUGCAGACCUGGGUUAUGUAGAAGAUGGGACACCCUGUGGUCCUAAUAGAAUAUGCUGGGAUCAUAGAUGUCUCUCAAUGGAUACUUUUAACUUCAGUUCCUGUCCCGGAAGUACAGAUAGCUUUAUUUGCUCAGGACAUGGAGUUUGCAGUAAUGAAAUGCAGUGUGUCUGUGAGCAGUUAUGGACAGGUGUAGAUUGCAGCAAGCGUCUCAUGAAACCAAUUAUUGAUGGAAGCUUGCACAAUUCAGGUGUCACUAGCACAAAUAUUAUUAUUGGUGCUAUUGCUGGUACAAUUUUAGUGUUGGCUCUUAUUAUGGGAAUAACAGCAUGGGGUUACAGAAACUAUCGAAGACAGAGACAAAUUCCUCAGGGAGAUUAUGUUAAAAAGCCUGGUGAGGCCGACUCCUUUUAUAGCGACAUGCCACCUGGAGUCAGCACAAACUCUGCAUCUAGUUCUAAGAAGAGGUCAAACGGCUUAUCUCAUUCAUGGAGUGAAAGAAUCCAAGAUGCAAAGAAUCUUUCAGACAUCUGUCAAAAUGGGAGACCAAGGAGUAAUUCAUGGCAAGGUAAUAUAGGAGGCAACAGAAAGAAAGUCAAAGGCAAAAGAUUUAGGCCACGGUCUAAUUCAACUGACAGGGUAUCCCAUGCUUCUGAGCCUGGGCUUUCCCACACCAAUCAAAUCCCACCCCAAGGCAUAAGCCAGGGGGAUUCUCACCACUCCCAAACAGGGAAUCGGAAUCACAGGACUCUUUCCCCUGCAAAAUCCCCAUCAUCAUCUACUGGCUCCAUUGCUUCCAGCAGAAAGUAUCCAUAUCCCAUGCCUCCAUUGCCUGAUGAGGAGAAGAAGGCCCACAGAGCUAGUGCCAGGCUAUGGGAGACAUCCAUUUAAGUAUUUAGCUUUCACCUGAGCUGUCACCAGAACUAUUUACUUCAAAUUUUAUAUAAAUUCAGCAUCACUGAAUCACUGAACAUUCAUCUGCUCAGCAGACAACUGGAUGGAGCAAAGAUACAGAUACUCAACAGGAUAAGCGAGUUCUCCCGUUGAAGGAAGACACUGAUUUUCUACAGCUGAUUCAAGUUUUGUGAAUUACAAAUAAAGAUAUUAACCUGAUAUAGACAGAACUGAACAUGCUAAGAUACUGUGCAUGAUGUCAGAUAUUAUAUAGACAUUCAGAUACUGCUUUUGAAAUCCCAAUGGUGUUUUUUCCUGGUCUAACAUGUCCCCAGAUAUCUAAAAGAGAGUGAUUCAGAAUUUGGUACAUAAUCAUUUAUGCUGUGUGCAUGAACCUCUGUUUGCCACUAUCCAUGUGUAAGGGGUUACUCAUUUUACUGUAGUAGAGUUAGCAUGCAGGAAUAAGAUGUUUUUUCCCCACAGCUGGGUUCUAAAAAGACAAAAUAUUUGACAACAACUUCAACAAGAAAACAGUGAUUUUUUUAACCUGUUACAAUUACAUUCUCAGUAAAAAAGCUAUUUGUAGACAGUUGUGAAAUAUGAGCACUGUAGUUAGGUUUUUGCCUGAAAAGCGUGCUACAAAACUUAGGAGUCAAGUUAGAUAUUUCAUGGCAGGUUCAUGAAUAUAGCUUAGCUGCAUGCAAAGGUCUCAGGUUCAAUUUUAUCUGCCAAUAGAAACAAAAUAAUUCAUUGAAAAACCAGGAAAGUACUAAUAGCCUCUGUUUGAUAAUAGUGAGAUAGAUGGACCAAUAGCCUAGUUGGAUAUAAGGUAUGUAUGAUAUCUGGCAUUAAAGAAACAGCACUGCAGGAGGAAAAGUUGGCAAUUAUAGUGCUUUGUUUUUCAUUUUUUUUCUCAAAACUGAUUUUCUAUCAAAAUUACCCAGCCCUUCUAUCUAAUUCAUCAAAGUGCCAUUUAGAAUUAAACUUUGCCUCGUGUUCUAAGAAGAACUGGAACAAAGGGUCUAGAAUGUGUCUAAAAUUUUGAGAACACAGAUUGUUUUCCUCUUCCCAUUAAAAUCAAUUGAAUAAAUCUGGAACCACAUGGAACCCAUUUUUACCUAUUUGGAACAUCAGCCAUUAAUGUGAAGUUGGUCAAAACAUUGUAUCUGCUGUACAUAUUAAAUACCUACUUUUUGAAAUCUACUCGUCUUAACCACCCAGUUCAAUUUCACUUUUUAACUAAGUAAUCAUAUAAUAACUGUGUAAGCUUGUACAUGUUUUGGCCAAAUAAGAAAUGUUCAAAUGCUUGACUGGAUGACCAGAGAUAAUUCAUCUCUGUGCAGUUGUAUAAUGAUGUGCUUUUCUGCUGGAAUGACUGGAGGAUUCUCAUAAUUUCUAUUUGGAUAGGAUAAGGGAGAAUAAUGGACAACAGGAGUCAUCAGAAAGCAGCAUUUUUGUGAAGCUUCUAGGAAAUAAGCAUUGUGGGAGGUUGUCAGUUUUUCAUAGAAGAGUUAUGCCUGUAAGGAGUUUCAGAUGAUAUGAGGCAUACAAUAUAAAAAGAGAAAAAUAGUCAAACAUGUAUACAGAAAAAGAUUGAAUAUCCCAAGGAUUUCAAUGCCCUCUUGCUAAUUUCAUAUCCAAAUUAUGAUGAGUUAAAAUAAUUACCAUUGUCCAUAUGUCUUUGGUAUAGAGUUCUUUUCACCAGCUGCUCAUAAGCAAGAUUUAGAUACGAAACUUUGGGAUAGUAGAAUUCAUAAUAUAUGUAUGUCGGAUCUGAGCAUUAUUUAGCACUGUGUGUUCUGCUUUAAUAUUCUAUUAUGGAGGAGAUUUGGAAAAAAUAAUUGCCUUAUCAUGCCAUAACGGAAGGACAAUAUUGGCAAUAUUGCAUGGAUAGGAUCUAAGGGGUCUGCCUACUGGUUCUUGCAAAAUCUUAACAUUAAAAGCAUUCUUAGGCAUAUAGUAUCAUUUAAUAUUUGACAGUAUUUGGAUAGGAAUGUCAUUUGUUUUUCUGAAUCUUCUACCUCUUUCGCAUAAUUCCUUCUGUAUGUGAAGUGCCAUAUAUGGCCUUCUGUUGUGUAACUGGACUUACUGUAGGAAAUUACACUUUUUUGAGAAUGUCAAUUCUACAAGGAGAAAAGGUUCUAUUCUAAAGUUUUCAACUGUAAAUUAUGUAAAACUUUAAAGGUAUUAUAUUUAUACGACUUUGCCAGUUAUAUUUAUACAAAACUGGCUUUGCAGUCAUAGCAGUCUCUAGAAAGUGGCAUAAGGUUUUGGUAAGUAUUUUGAUUUGUACUAAAUAGGAACAAAAAUGCAUAAUGGAAAUUCAUCCAUAAGAGAAUGUUUAAAAGAUUAUAAAAGAAUAUAUAUAAAUGUUUCAUUUUGCAAAUAUAUAGCGUGAGGCAGGGACGUGAAGGAUGACUGCUGAAGUAAGGCCUGAUGAAGUUUAAUUACCAUUAUAAGUCUUUUUCUUUCAUUUCAUUGACUUUGAAUCAAUGCUCUGCGCUGCCCUUCCAGUCAAAGUCAAAAGGCUCUCCUCACAAGUUAAAGGAAACCUAUAGUAGAGCUAAUCUUCCCCAUCACUUUUGAUUCUUGCUAAUUUUUAGAAGCUUAACAUGUGCCUUUUUGGAUCUUUGGCUUGAUGUAAGUCCAUGUGUUGUUAGAAAAUGACAUUGUUGCUGUCUUCCAUUUAAAUUACUAAGACAAAGGAAGUGGGUUUUUUCCUUCCCUUUUCCUUUUCGGACAGAACUGAAUGUAAUGUGAGAAUUGAGGUGAUUGUAGGUUGUUCACUGAGAAAAUAAUCAUCCUCUGUAGUUAAUUUGUAGACAUUGUCAUUGACCAUUAUUUGAUAAUGGCUAACAUUUGUUAAUACCCUGACAGUUAAUAAUUUUAAUGUAAAAUGAAAUAUAAUUUUAAUAAACUGGCGUUUAUUUCUAUGGUCUAGUGCAGAAUUUCUCUGCUUAUAAGCUUGAAUUGUCUUGGUAUGUAAAAAAAGUGAUGGAUGCCAAUCAGCAAAAGUGUGAAUAAAUCCAAGACAAUGAAAGUUGGCAAAUAGAUUUUGAAUUCCAAGCUACUGUCCAGAUAAAAUGCUAGAAGGGAUGUUUCUUCCAAUUACUUCUGUUGCUAGUGUAUUUCAAGUUUUGUGUUUAUGAUAAGAGCAUAGCUAUUUUCAAAAUUUUCACUUGUCUUUCAGUUGAAAUAAAAGGGCAAUAAUGGUUGGCUCCUCAAAAUGGGUUGUAUCCAAGGUGUAAUGCCAAUAAAAAAAAAAGGAUGGUAGUUGAUCUGCUAAUGAUGGCAUGAUGUACCACAAGUGCACCUGAAAUAACUGCCACAAACAUCAUUUAACAACAAAAUUAUAACAAAUGCUGGAUUUUAUACAAGCAGCAGAGGCUUUGUGCUCUCAUAUCACUGGAUACAACCCACUGUUCUUUCUUCGUAAAGAAAAUUCUUGGUCAUGAAAAUUUAAUGCCUUUUCCUUUCACCUUUUUUAUAGUUAAUAUCUUAGUAUAAUGUGGUUGACAUAAGUAUUUCAGCACUCUUCAGCUUUGUUUCUCUGUAUAAGCAAAGAAAUAUGUAGAUAAAAGAAAAUAAGAACAUUGUCUCAAUAAUAGCUUCCAAACUAUAGUUGUGUAUUUGCAGUACUAUCGCAAAGUAACAAUACAGAAUGGUUUUAAUCAAAGGAAAAGCAACAGAAUAGAUUAUCUGGGAAUAAAUAUGAAUUAUGGAGGUAUCCUGAUAUAUCUGUUUUAAAGGAUAUUUUGGCACAAUUUACUUGAACAAUCAAAGCGAUCAAAGAAGUAAUUUCAACUUCCAUAAUUUCUAGUCAGUAUAAGCAUAGCAAUGCUGAAGUUAGCAUAAUUUCUAAGGGUCAAUUGAAACUAAUGCAUAGCAAUGCUGAAGUUAGCAUAAUUUCUAAGGGUCAAUUGAAAUUAAUACUAAAAAAUGACCAUUAAUAUCUGGGAAAUCAGUGCAUUACAACUAGACCUCAAAAUAAAUCAGUCUCAAUUAAAAAAAAUGCAGAGUAUAGAAAAACUUCCAGAGCUUUAUAUUUGGAUUUCUGUCCUCAUAACUUUGCUUAAAAACAAAAACAAGAUCACUUUUCCAUUUUAUCUGAAAUAUUGUCUUUGUUGCAAAGUGAAUUUUGGAUAUGUGUUUAUAUUAGCUACUAAUUAUUUUUGCGCUACUUAGAAGGCAUCAGCAAUUCCACAUGAUGUGUAAACCUGGUUUAAAAUGACUUUUUAAAUCUGAUAGUAUUUACAGCGAUUCAGUAAUUUUUUGGAGUCCCUCACCAGGUUUGCUAAGCAUAUCAAUCUUAACCUUAUAAAACAAUUGUUCUAAUCUUCAGUUCUAAUGAAACAUAGCUUUUGUAAAACUUAAUUUGAAAUCCAAAAAGAAAUCUAACACAGCUAUUUGAAAGUAAAAAAAAAGAAGAGAAAUAAAUUAAUAUGGACUAGAAGACCUCCAAGGUACCUUCCAGCCCUUUGAUUCUAAUAAUGUAAGUGGGAAGCAUUACAAAAUCAAGGUGAACAGGCUAGUGUGGGACAAUUUUCCCUACAUCAUUUUGACAAUCAGGCAAGAUGAAGAUGGCACAGUGGGAAUUUAAUGAAUAGAUUUGUAAAUUGUAUUUAAAUUACAAGUAUGAAAAUCAAAAUAAAAUAUCCCUCUGGUCUUUAUAAAUUAGAAAAAUGGCCAUAGAAGUAUUUUUUUAAAGCCUUAGAGGCCUUAUGACCUUACAUAUUCAAAUUUUUGAAGAUAUAUUUUUUACAAACUAUUUAGAAACACUUGUAAAUAUGCUUUACUGCCCUUUGGAUGCUUAGUGGUGCUAAGUAAUAACUGUAAAAUAUCACAGUUGUAAUUCUGCAAAUCCUAAGGUAUCACAUAUCUUACUAUGAUACAAUAAUGCUGACUUGCCUAAAUAUUGAGAAUAUAUAUGUGCUAGGGCAUAUGGUCUGGUGCUUAUUAAACUAUAAAUCUUUAAGCAAAAAUGUACCACUGAGUUAUCUGGAUACUGGUCACUAUUCUAACAUUCUAUGCUGGCAAUUUAUUUUAAUUUUUAACUAUUAAUUGUUGUGGGUUUUUUCAAUAUAAUUACUACCAUAUUGUAAAUCUGUCACUAAAGCAUUGUCAACAUAAGUACUUCAACAUAGUUGGUGAAAAAUAUAGAAACUGGAUUCUUGAUGUAGUGUUUUUGUGUUGGUUAUAUUGUUCAAAUAAUUAAAAUUAUCCCAUGUGUAAAAAGCUGUAUUUACCACUGGAUAUUGUUUCUAUAAUAGCAACUAAUCAUGUGUUUCUUGAAACAUUAAAUUUUGUCAAUUCCAAUGCAAAACUCUCCCUUUCUAUCACUGCAGUGCUGAAUAAUUAUUUUGUUGUUGUAUCAAAUUCAUAAAGCCAGCUUUCCUGUAAUGGGACAAAAUAAUCUUUUUAAUAAAGUUAUAACCUGGGGAUAUGAAACCUUGCAUAUUUGAAUCACCGUAGAGUUGCUUACUAUGAAAAUAUUUAAUACAAAAUAAUUAAAUUGUUAGUAAUGUAUCAUUAUGUCAAUAAAAGAGUGAGCUUCAAAUCAUG